CGCUCAGUGAUCGGCUGGACGAGCCUGGAGUAAGAUGGAGAAAAUCCCCAUCCUCGGUCUCGGCACCUGGAAGUCUUCUCCAAAUCAAGUGAGUGAAGCAAUAAAGGUUGCCAUAGACGUGGGUUACCGCCACUUUGACUGUGCCUUUUUUUAUCACAAUGAAAAGGAGGUAGGAGAAGGUAUCCAGCAAAAGAUUAAGGAGGGCACUGUGAAACGGGAGGACCUUUUCAUCGUUUCCAAGCUCUGGAAUACCUUCCAUGAGAAGGACCUUGUGAAACGUGCUUGCCAAAAUAGCCUGAAGGAUCUACAGGUGGAUUACUUGGAUCUUUACCUGAUGCAUUGGCCUAUGGGUUUUAAGGCAGGGGAUGAUGACUUACCAACAGAUCAGAAUGGGAUGAAUAUUGCCAGUGAAAUAGACUACUUGGACACAUGGGAGGCCAUGGAGGAUCUGUUGAGCGAGGGACUGGUGAAAGCUAUAGGGGUUUCAAAUUUCAACCAUAAACAAAUUGAGAGACUUUUGAACAAGCCUGAUUUACGAUACAAGCCAACAAAUAACCAGAUAGAGAGCCACCCAUUCCUCACUCAGGAGAAGCUGAUCAACUAUUGCCAUUCAAAAGAUAUCUCUGUGACAGCCUAUCGUCCUCUUGGGGGCACGAGUGGAGGAGAACAUGAUGUCUUCAAUGAACCCAUUAUUAAGAAGAUUGCUGAAAAAUACAAGAAAUCUGAAGCUCAGGUUUUGAUUCGAUUUCAGAUACAGAGAAAUGUGGCCGUCAUCCCUAAGUCUGUCACACCAAGUCGAAUAAAAAAGAACUUCCAGGUGUUUGAUUUUGAACUCACAAAAGAAGACAUGGAUGCCCUCCUUAGCCUGAAUAAGAAUCUUCGAUUGGCUGCAUUUCCUAAUGCUAAAAAUCAUAAAGACUAUCCUUUCCAUAUUGAAUACUGAGGAUGGUCUGGACUGGCCUUCAUGCUCUGCCUUUCCCACCUGAGUACAAAGAUGUCACUCUUAACCUCUAGAAAACUUUCUCUACUACCCCAGCUCUACAAAGUGUUUUGUGGUUAAAAAAAUGUAUAUAAGAGCAGCUUUGAUGGAGAAACAUAAUGAUUUGGAGGGUGGCCAGAAUUUCCAUUUUUUGCAAAGUCUCCAGUACUGUCUAAGACACUGAAGACAGGAUAUUGAAGGAUUUUAGAAUACUGACCUACAAGUUGCUAAUGUCAGCCUGUGUGCUAUGGUGCCUAAAUUUACCUUAUCCAAUUAAUUUACUGGAGAGAUGCAUGACUCUUAAUAAAGUAAUGGUGAGUAAACUAA